GUAACCGAGUCUGCCGAAACACCCGGGGAUAAAGAGCCGCCCGGUGGCUUCUGACAACUCACGACCACUUCGCGGACAAUUUAUCACCGAAUCCAGUGCAUGCAGCGAGGCCACCUGAGACUACUGCGCGAGACAGAAAUCACACUUUUAAUGCAAUGUAAUGAAACAACAGCGUUUACUGGGGUAAGGGGAGCGUUCCAGUCUAAGCACCGAAGCAAAACAAGGACAAACAGCGGCGGCUCAAUCUUGCUGCGACCAGGGAGGAGCGGCCGGUCACGGGGAAAAAGACCUCACUUCUCUGUGAUGUGCAUCACUGUCUGUCAAGGACGUCGUACGGCAGCUUCCUGUUCCCUUUGAGAAGUAGAGCGCCCCCUUGAGAUGUCGCGGCACCACAACCGCUUCGAGAGGGAUUACCGCAACGUGUGGGAGAGGAGGGAGCGAUGCGCCCUCCUGAACAACGGCCUCAACACCAGCUGCAACACCACCAACAGCUGCGGCGGGAUCACCGGCCCGUCCAGCAGCAACAACCGCCCGGGGCUCCUCCCCCUGCCCGUCAUCCCCUCACUGCUGCCCACCCCCAUCACCGUCGCCGUGACAACCUCCAGUAACGACCUGGCCUGCAAGAGAGUGGGAUCCAUAUCCACCACCCCUGCUGCCAAGGUGUCGGGUCUCUCUCCCGGUGAAAGCCAGACCCAGGGGCAGAUCCUGGCCACGGGAGUCCGGUGGGGGCAGACACCAAUCAACCAAUCCACGCCCUGGGAGACGGACGAGCCGCCCAAUAAGCAGCGCCGGGAGAGCGACAGCAGCGGUCCACAGUGGGUUCCCCCAGUAGCAGCUGUAAGCCAGGCCAGCCUGCUGGCGCACUCCUACAGCCUGGCCCCGCCCCCAGCGUACACCCCAGGCGUGAGCGUCCAGUCCCCGGUCAUCGGAGUGACCCCCACCAUCCAGACCUCCGUGCCCCCGCACCACCCACUCAUGACCGCCCACUUCCAGCUCCCCCCGCCACCCCCCCAGCCUCUCGGCAGCGUGGUGAUGAACCUGCAAAGCCAGCCCCCCCUCACUGUGCCCCCCCUCACAGCUGUCUGUCAGGUGACGCACCCUGUGGUGGGGAACGGUCACAUGACCCACCCCGCCAUGCAGCCGCCCACCAUCCUGCCCAGCAAUGCCCCUCUGACCAAUGGGCAGACAGCUCCCCAGGCUCCGCCCGUCCCUCUGACCAAUCAGGAGAAUCCCAACGGGCUACAGAUGCUGCGGACUGUCGGCAUGGGGAAGUACGAGUUCACAGACCCCUGGCACCCGAAAGAGAUGUUGAAGGAAUUGAACCAGCAGCGCAGAGCGAAAGAGUUUACAGACCUGAAAAUUAUUGUUGAAGGCAAAGAGUUUGAAGUCCACCAAAAUGUUCUAGCUUCCUGCAGCUUGUAUUUCAAGGACCUGGUCAAAAGGUUGUCGGGGGAGAACAGGAGUGGGGAGAAACUGGAGCUGUCCAUGAGCAACAUCGGGGCUGACGUCCUGGAGCUUCUGCUGGAGUUCGUCUACACGGGGUCGCUCAUCAUCGACUCGGCCAAUGCCAAAACCCUCCUGGAGGCCGCCAACAAAUUCCAGUUCAAUACCUUCUGUAAAGUCUGUGUGUCUUUCUUAGAGAAGCAGCUGACUGCCAGUAACUGCCUGGGGGUGCUGGCCAUGGCAGAGGCUAUGCAGUGCACAGAGCUCCACAGCAUGGCCAAGGCCUUUGCCCUGCAGAACUUCCCCGAGGUGGCCAGCCAGGAGGAGAUCCUCAGCGUCUCCAAGGACGACUUCAUCAGCUACCUGUCCAACGACAGCCUCAACACCAAGGCCGAGGAGCUGGUGUACGAGACUGUCAUCAAGUGGAUCAAGAAGGACCCUGCCAACAGGGUGCAGCACGUGCCAGAGCUGCUGGCGGUGGUCCGGCUGCCCUUCAUCCAUCCCAGUUACCUGCUGAACGUGGUGGAUAAUGAGGAGCUGAUCAAGUCCUCCGAGGCCUGCAGGGACCUGGUCAACGAGGCGAAGCGUUACCACAUGCUGCCGCACGCGCGGCAGGAGAUGCAGACCCCCCGAACCCGGCCCAGGCUCUCCGCAGGUGUGGCCGAGGUGAUCGUGCUGGUGGGGGGUCGGCAGGCCAUCGGGAUGAACCAGCGAUCCCUGACAGCCGUCACCUGCUUCAACCCCCAGAACAACAAGUGGUACCCCCUGGCCAGCCUGCCGUUCUACGACCGGGAGUUCUUCAGCGUGGUUUCGGCGGGGGAUAAUAUCUAUCUGUCAGGUGGCAUGGAGUCAGGAGUCACUGUGGCGGACGUGUGGUGCUACAUGUCCCUCCUCGAUAAUUGGAACCUGGUAUCCCGCAUGACCGUCCCUCGGUGUCGGCACAACAGCCUGGUGUACGACGGGAAACUCUACACCAUCGGGGGGCUCGGCGUGGCGGGAAACCUGGACCACGUGGAGAGGUACGACACCAUCACGAACCAAUGGGAAACGGUCUCGCCGUUGCCCAAGCCAGUCCACUCCGCCGCGGCCACGGUGUGCGGGGGCAAGAUCUACGUGUUUGGGGGGGUGAAUGAGGCGGGGCGCUCCGCCGGCGUGCUGCAGUCCUACGUCCCCCAGACCAACACGUGGAGCUUCAUCGAGUCGCCCAUGAUCGAUAACAAGUAUGCCCCCGCCGUCAGCCUCAACGGCUUCAUCUUCAUCCUGGGUGGAGCGUACGCCCGAGCCACAACCAUCUACGACCCGGAAAAAGGCAACAUCAAAGCGGGGCCCAACAUGAACCACUCCAGACAGUUCUGCAGCGCUGUGAUUCUGGACGGAAAGAUCUACGCCACAGGCGGGGUGGUGAGCAGCGAGGGACCGGCCCUGGGGAACAUGGAGACCUUCGACCCCGGCACCAACACCUGGACACUGCUGCAGAGCAUGCCCUGCCCGCUGUUCAGGCACGGCUGCGUGGUCAUCAAGAAGUACAUCCAGAGCGGCUGACCCGGGGGGAGGAGCCCGUCCGCGACUCCGCCUCCUCGAACGCCGGCCUCCGAUUGGCCGCGCGGGAUAUGGACGCCGACAGUGAAGCCACUGCCUCCCUCCUCCCCCCCCUCCGUCAGCCCGAGUGGAAUGUAGACGUUUCAAUCUUCGCCGUCCGGUGAAAGCAGGACCCAGUGCCUCCGCUAUGUAACGUAGUGUAACAUAUCGCACCUUAGGGCAGUGUCACUAGGUGGCACUAGUCGCAAAGCUAGCUUUGUCGGUUUGAUUCAGACCUUACGGGGUUUUUUUCUGUUUCCUCCUCUUCUUCUCUGGUUUAACGCUGACAGCAGCUUUCUUUUCUCCUCUCUCCUCUCUCAUGUUUUCAUAUGGACAAUUCUGUUAUGCCUCCAGCUCGUUUUUGUCUGUGAGGUAGAAAUUAGCAGUCAGUCGUAACCACAAUAACAGCGGGCAGCUCUCUCGAUAUCAUUUUUAUCCUCCGUCAGGUUUGAGUCGUCGCUGAGCUGUUGGAUCCCCAACUGGAACGGUACAGACAAAAAUGCCUCUUUUGCUCCGAGGUUAAAAUGGCAGAAAGUAUGCAAGGGUUUCGGAAGAAAUCGGAAGAUGAGCUUUUACCUAAGAGUACGUAAGUGUGCGGCAGCAGAGGGAGAGAGAGAGUGCCUCGGAACUCAAAAACAUCUGUCAAAAAGCAUUUUGUUUUCCAUGGACAGCAACAGCUGGAGAUCCCAUGUCCCUUUCUGGGUGAGGGAUGAAACCUUUGGGCCUGAUGACUGUACUGUACAAAGAACGCAAGCGGUGUGGUGUGAGGGAGCGAGCAUUCCACCUGGUUUCAGAACGCAAUGUAAAUGGACUCAGAAAUGGACCGGAAGUAGAUCAAUGGAGCCAUUUUCUCUUGCACCCAGCCAAAGCACAAGUAAUUUGAGGCUCUGAGGAUUGAUGCAUUUGACUUGAUUGACUUGAUAUUG